AUGCCGACGAUCAAUUCGAUGAAGCCGUCGUUCGGAGGCAUCGACGGCUUCUACAACAUCGCGAAAGGGAUCUCGGACGGACUUCAGAGCACUCCCAACUCAAAGACCUACAACGUACGUUACGAUUGUUUCCAUUGUUCACUGUUAUCACUAACUGAUAAUGAUUUCCGUCUCGUUUGCACAAAAUGAACUUUCCAGGACCUGAAUGACUUGAUCUUCGGUAGCGGUGUCACAUAUGAUCAGGUUAUCAAGGAUAUGGUUGUCAACCAGAUCGGCGCCAUUGUAUUCUGGAGCUUCGGUUUCGUGUUCGUCCUUGCCGCUCUCGUCCUGGGAAUCGCCACGUGUAUCUGGCAAUGCUGCUACUCGUGUGUUCCCAAAGAAGGGGUACUGUAGCCUUCUGACGCUAUAAGCACCUUCUUUUUUCAGUCUGUUCGCUCGAAAAUCACCGGAUACGUCUUCGCUUUCCUCCACUUCACAAUAUUUGCGUACGUGCUCACCGGCGUCAUUCUCUUCAACAUUACAGAAACGAAGCUGACCAACUCCAUUGAUAACGCAAUGAUUUACACUGGCCAGAUUUCAAACGGUGAAUAUAUCAUAUUGAUGAUCAUCCGGGAAUGUACUUCAGAUUUGAACAGCACGCUCAUCGUCGGAACGAAUCAAUUGGUGUGCGAAGUGCAACAGACGACGUCGCAGACAUUCGGACAAAUGAGCAAUCUCAUUCAGAAUUACUCGGCGGUUGUGGUCGACGGAACGAGGGAUCAAGUCGGAGUGACUGCUGUGCAAAACGUGAGCUCAUACGCAUAGGUCCAACUUAUUCGAGGGGUUACCAAUUCCUUUUCAGUUCGAUGACAAAGCCUACGAGACUCAGAACACCGCAACAUCAAGUGAUGCGGACUUGUUGAAAACGCAGUUGAAUAGGAUUAACUCGGCCGUUCAGACGUGCACGGAUAACAAGAAUACAUUGCUAGGUCAGAUGAACGACGUUAAAACAAAGUUGUCGGUGAGCACUUUUCGUUUCAUUCAGUCUCUAAUUCACUCGUUUUCUAGCUUCUGUCAGCUGCAGCACAUGAUAUUCGAACUUCACCUCAACUUGUUGAUAUCAACGAUGAGACUGAUCAAAUCAAGAGUGAUAUCCAGGCACAAGCAAACCAGUCGUCGAGCUCGAUAACGAGUGCUCAAUCGAACAUCAACAGCACCAUCGACUCGAUCACGGGAAUGCUGAACAACGUGCAAAGUGACAUCGACACUGUGAUCAACUCACUUGAAUCUGCACAUCGAGAUCUAAUGACUGUAAGUUCUCUUCUGAAGAGUGCAAGUUCAUUACUCAGAAUUCCAGUCGAGUGCGUACACAGUCGUCAAGAUUGUGUUCCGCGUGGCUGUGACGGUUCCCGCCUGCCUCGGAUGCCUCUUUUGCAUCUUCGCAUUCAUUGCAAUCGUUCUCUCUCUGAAGGAACAAGACGGUAUUGCCCAGAAACUGGCUUCCGGAGUGAUCAGCACCUUCUACGUAUCCAUCUUCCUUUCCAUCGUUCUCCUGCUCUUCUCAAGUUUGGCGUUCGUCGGCGGAUGGUUCAUGUCUGCGAUGUGUGUUCCGAUCUUCGAAGAUCCGGACUAUCAGCUCUUCCAUCUUAUGAAUGAGACCAUUGCCAGCAGCUUUGACGGUCCGCCAGAUGUCAUUAACAUUGGGUAAUUCAAGAAUUGCCCCCGUUUCUAACUACCUUUUCAUUCCAGAGAUGUUCUCCACUCAUGCAAUAAUGACACCACCACACUAUACGCGGCCAUUAACGGGUCUACCAUUAUUUCAGGUAUUACUAUUUGCUUGAGUUCAUUUUCAGAUCAUAGUUGUUCAGCCGAUUCGAUAUCGAACGAGUUGAAACUGAGCACAUACCGUGACGAGGCUAACCAGCAGAUUAUGAAACAGCCAGCACCACAAUUCACUUUUCCAUCCGACUUGAAUGUAAAUUGUCUUUAAAAGUUUGAGUACGACAUGAAAACGUUGGGUUGCAGGGUUACAUUAAAGAUUUGCAAGACCGUCUCACCGAGGCACAGGGCGCUUCGGUGUCCAGCUGUGGGAACAACGACGCAAACGACGCCUACGACGAAUAUAUCAAAGAUCUACAAGCUUCGGUUGCCUUGUCCAACACCUUCUAUCAAAAUUUGUUGACAUUGAGCCAAAAUGCUCCACAACUCGUAAGCUUUAGAUGAUUCUUGUAAGCUUUAAAUGUUUUGUCGAUCCUUGCAUGAUUGCAGACCGUAAUCGCCAGUUCCCUGAACAACCAGCAGUUCGAUCAGGGAGACGCAGCCAUCAAUCAAUCUAUUGCUCAACUCAUGGUUUGUUAUAUUUUAUCAUUUUCUUCGACUUUUAAUAACUUUACCUUCAGACCAACCUGAAUGAGAACGUCUUCCAGUGCAGACCACUCGUGGACAUCUACAAUAACGGCGGGUUCGUGAUGUGCGAGCAGCUUGGCAAACCGAUUCAGGGAAUGUGGGCGGCAAUCGGACUCGCCGGAAUCUUCAUGUUCUUCCUCUCCAUCCUUCUUUUGCUCACUUUCCGUUGGCUCAAGAAAGAAGAAAAUGAGCAAGAUCCCACAGUCGGAAAAGUAAGGAGAUGGCAUGUACUGAUCGGAUUGAGGUGGUUUCAGUGGGCGUCAACCGACAGAAACCGAAGAUUGGGUGAAAACAGAACAUGGGACGAACAGUAAGUGUGACACGUGUCUCGUUAUCAUUUCAAAUUGACCCACUCGCUUCCCUUUUGAUAAAUUGUUCGUUCGAUCCCAUCUCCCUCCGUUAUUUUCCCUCUGUUCAAUCAUCAAGAGAAGUGUUCUAACUUCCUCUCCAGCAGUGACGUCUUCGUCAAGCCGGCCAUCAAUUCAACGUCGAACACGGGAGGAAGACUUCCAAGAAUCAGACCUUACGAACUGGAUGAACAGCCGUGAGAUAUCAGAUAUUCACGUAUCAAUUUACUUUGAUUUUCAGUUCCGCUUUGUAUCUCCCGGAUUCGACUUCCCAAUCGUUUUACCCACGUGUGCAGGUCCUUCCGGACUCGAGACACCCUCCAAUGUCGCCCAAUUUCUAUGAUACACAGGAAUACGAAAGGUACUUUCGGGGGGAGGCAAUGAAUAAUACGACGUCUGUUUCCAGAAACCCUCGAGUGAAUGAUCUGUUCGGUGACUAUCAGAGCAAUCAGGGAAGCACGCAGCGAGGUCUGCGAAGAUUCUGA